CGAGCAACCACACAGAAAAGUUUACUAAACAGCGGACGAGGGGCUGGCGGCGGCGGCGGCGGCGGCGGGGCCGGAGCGACCGGGGUUCGGCGGCCUCACCUCUCCUCAUUCACCGGCGGCGACCGGAGGCGACCGGUGGCGGGCAUCGCGUCCGGCGGAGAGGGCCGCCGCCAGGUGAGGCGAGGCGAGGUGUGCAACAGAGGAACAUGGCUCAAGAAACUAAUCACAGCCAAGUGCCUAUGCUUUGUUCCACUGGCUGCGGAUUUUAUGGAAACCCUCGCACAAAUGGCAUGUGUUCCGUAUGCUACAAAGAACAUCUUCAAAGACAGAACAGUAGUAAUGGUAGAAUAAGUCCACCUGCGACUUCUGUCAGUAGUCUGUCUGAGUCUUUACCAGUUCAGUGCACAGAAGGCUGUGUCCCAGAAGCUCAGUCAGCCUUAGACUCUACGUCUUCACCUGUGCAGCCAAGCCCUGUAUCAAAUCAGUCACUUUUAUCAGAAUCCGUAGCACCUUCCCAAGUGGACAGUACAUCUGUGGACAAAGCAAUACCUGAAACAGAAGACCUGCAAGCUUCAGUAUCAGAGACGGCACAGCAGCCAUCUGAAGAGCAAAGCAAGUCUCUUGAAAAACCAAAACAGAAAAAGAAUCGCUGUUUCAUGUGCAGGAAGAAAGUGGGACUGACUGGGUUUGAAUGCCGCUGUGGAAAUGUUUACUGUGGUGUACACCGUUACUCAGACGUGCACAAUUGCUCUUACAAUUACAAAGCUGAUGCUGCUGAGAAAAUCAGAAAAGAAAAUCCGGUAGUUGUUGGUGAAAAGAUCCAGAAGAUUUGAACUCCUGCUGGAAUACAAAAUCCUUUGAGCAUCUGCAAACUAAAAGUUGACUUGAGGUUUUUUUCCUAUAGUCAUUGGGAAUGUAGAGCAUUGUAUCUUGCAUAGACCUUUUAAUCAUGCAUGUCAUCAGAAGAAUAGAUUUUUGUUUUUGUUUUGAAAAUGACUCUGAACAUUUAUUUCCAUUGCAGUUUCUGUGGCUGAAAAGAUUUUAAGUAAACUUUACAAGUAUUAUCCUUUUAAGAUCAUUUUAAUUUUAGUUGAGUGCAGAGGGCUUUUAUAACAAACGUGGAGAAAUUUUGGAGGGCUGUGAUUUUUUUUUUUUUUUUCCAGUAUUAAACAUGCAUGCGUUAAUCUUGCAGUUUAUUUUCUCAUGGUGUAUGUAUAUAUAGCUUUUCUCUGCAGCACGAUUUCUCUUUUGAUAAUGCCCUCUAGGGCACAACUAGUUAUCAGUAACUGAAUGUAUCUUAAUCAUUAUGGCUGCUUCUGUUUUUUCAUUAACAAAGGUUAUACAUAUGUUAGCAUAUAGUUUCUUUGCACCCACUAUUUAUGUCUGAAUCAUUCGUCACAGGAGAGUGUGUGCUGAUGAGAUUCUAAGUUUGUGUGUUUUUAAAUUUUUUUGAGCGAGGGAAGGAAAAGCUGUAUGCAUUUCUUUGCUGACUGCAGUUUUCUUUCAGAUUACGUUCUCCCGUCUGUGUGUAUACAAUAUGAAGAAUGACCUGAAGUAAUUUGUGCUGUAUUUAUGUUUAUUCACCAGUCUUUGAUUAAAUAAAAAGGAAAACCACAAUGUCCCCAGGUGUUGCCUUUUCUCUG